AUGUCUUCGGGACAGAAAGUCACCAACGCCAGCUUCCCACCCAACGCUUGGCUGGGAUGUGGUCUGGAUCUCACGGGGAUCACCCCGAAUGAUCUUGACCUUGUCGCAAAACACGUCCUUUCGAUCGUGCAGAUCGUGGCGCUCACGAACGGCUCGUCAACGCAGACGGUUGGGGGUGCAACAUGGACGGUACCAGACAACGUGAGCAUCAGUCUUGAUGUCAAUGUCGGGCAGACUGCUUCCGAUUCCUUCACGAGUGGCAAGGAUGCUGCUCAGCGUAUUCAAAAGGAUGCAGACUUCUCGGCCAAGUAUCUCGCCCUGUCGGCGGAUGCGUCAAUGAAUUAUGCUAUCGACAAGACAUUCAGUGAGAACCGGCAGGCUACGAUGUUCACCUACAACCAGACCAUGUUGAUCGCCAAUUUGACAAACUUCCUCGGCAACAUUCAGGAGGACUUUCUCGCCGCAAGGGUCAAUGCUUUGCCAAAAUGGGAUCAAGGCAAUGAUGACGUCGUCAGGAAGUACAGGUCGUUGUUCAGGAAAUUUGGUAGCCAUGUCAUCACUGGCUGUAGUUACGGCGGUCGUCUACAAGUGCUCGAUCAGAACGUUCAGAUGGACAACUCGGAUAGCACGCUCAACGACCAAUUUGCGGCAGACAUCAGCGCAAGUUAUGGAGGCCUCACAAGCGGAGGCAAAUUCGACGCAUCCGUCCAGUCUACCAGUCACUACGCGGAAUUCAACCGUCGCAAGCAGGCCAACGUGGUCUGCUCAGGUGGUAAUCCCAAACUGCGUGACACCAUUCGCAGCAACGCCACCCAAGGAGGUGUAUUUGAAACCUUUCAGCAAUGGCUCCCAACCAUCGACGCCAACCCAGACGUGAUGUCGUUCAACACCAUGAAUCUUUGGGACCUCGUAAGCCUGAGCGCGCAGUCUUCAGAUCGCGCAGGUGAUGUCGAGAGCGCUUUCAACUACUGUGUGUUAAACCCGGAGCCGCAUCAAACCAAAUGCCGUUUCACUGUCGAUUCCGACUGGGGGGAGUUCGCUAUGCUCACGCCGAGCGCGAUGAUUAUGAACGACCCUAACGCCCAGCCCGUGUUCACAGAUAAACUUGGAAGAUCAAAAAUCACUCUUGGCGCAGAGCAUAGCCGUAACUUCCAGCGCGACAACUCUGUCGACUUUCUGAUCGUCAAUGACGGCUCCCCCGUUGACUUUGUUCUCUCGCACGGGGCCGACGGAUCGUCGGGUGGGAACGGCAAAUGUACCGUGUCGUUCAGCACCAACACCUUCACGAAUGACCAGCUUCAUGGCGGCAAUUGGAACUCGCAGACCUUUUAUGCUGCUGACGUAGCCUAA